CGUCAUGUCAUCGUCAAAUACAGCUGGCACACAAUCAGAGGCCUCCUCCUCACAGACAACCUCCGACUUCCUUCGCUCUGCCAACUUUUCGCGGACAGAAGGAACCGCGCCAGCACCAGGAAAUGCCAUCACAGCAUCGGACUUGCUCAUGGCUGCUUAUGACCCCGCAAAAUUGCACCCACUCGCCGAUUUGGGGGACAAAUUAGACUACCUCCUUCUUGAUGAUGACAAGACUAGUGACCUUCCGGGGUCAAGUACGGCAGUGCCAUCCAGGGGGUGGAGUGAUGAUUUAUGUUAUGGGACCGGUACCAUGUAUCUCAGUGGUUUGGCCCUUGGCGGCGCAUGGGGCGUACGGGAAGGCGCUUCAAGGCCACUUGCCGUAUCAAAUUCAAGGCUGCGGUUGAACAGUAUCUUGAACUCUGUCACGCGAAGGGGAACUUUCAUCGGUAACUCGGCUGGCGUAUUAGCCCUGGUCUACAAUGGGGUUAAUUCCUCCAUAGAUGCCUUUCGAGGAAAACACGACAUGCUGGGAAGUAUGACAGCCGGGGCACUGACAGGUGCUCUAUACAAAUCGACGGCUGGCGUAAAACCUGCCAUUGCCGCCGCUACCGUCAUUUCAGGCAUGGCAGGCAUCUGGAGCUAUGUGAAGAAGAGCGUUUGAUCUGAUCACACUACAUGUAUCUACAACCUUAAUUGCCCCUCUACUCCGGAUCCGUCUUGGC